AUGCUGGAGCUUCCAUUGCGUGGUAACCAAGACGCCUCUAUCGGCGAUGGUCUCGGGUUUCGGGCGGAGGCGGCUUUCGCGGAAGGGUCGGAUGCUUGCGUUUGUGCUAGCCUUGCACCGGAGGCACGGGAGGCUCCGCAGAGGGAUUGGAGGGAAGUGGGUAUCGGCAGACAGAGACACCCCGCCGGUGCUGCGCAGGCGCACACCGCCGCCAGUGAUCGCUCGGUCGCCGAACGCACCACACGCGCACCACGCCCCGCAACCGAUCCGAGAGACAAGGAAAAACAAAACAGACGGACCGACCUCAAG